AAGCCCUAAUUUGCAACCCAAAUACCAAACGUCGCCCGGCUCGGUUUCCACCAAAGACGAACGAAACAGAGAGGGGUGUCCGUUCGGCGGGUUGUAAGAACUUCACAUGGAGAAAUCACGGAAGUCCACCAACAGUGUUGGUUCAUAUGCAGUGCAAUGUGGUGAAUGUUUUAAAUGGAGGCUAAUUCCAACAAAAGAAGAAUACGAGACUAUCAGGCAAAACUUCAUUGAGGAUCCAUGGUUCUGCCACAAAAUUUCAAAUCUUUCCUGUGAUGAUCCUGGUGAUAUAGAGUACGACAAUAGUCGAGUUUGGGUUCUUGAUAAACCAAACUUGCCCAAGACUCCACCUGACACUGAAAGGCGGCUAGUUAUGAGAUCAGAUUACUCUAAAAUGGAUGUGAGCUAUAUUAUGCCUAACGGAAAGAAAGUAAGGAGCUCAGUGGAGGUUGACAAGUUUCUAGAAGCAUAUCCAGAAUACAAGGGUAAAAUGUCUGUGGCAGAUUUUAGUUUUACAUCUCCAAAGAUUCCUGAAGAGAUGGUUCCCAAGGAUAUGGAGGGCAAAUCUUCAUCAGCCAGAAGCAAGAGGUUGAAGACACAAAAUUGAUGCCAUGCACAAAUGUGGAUUUUGUCUUGCCUGUAAGCAACCGAGCAACAGACUGAGUAAUGCUUGUGGAUGUUGUUCGUGUUUGUUCCCAGCUAGCAGGGAACAUUCCCUGUGAACCGUAAUGAAAUAUGUUGAUCAUCCAGACAGCAUUUCAGUGACUGUUUCCCGGUGAGUUGGUUGAAAUCAAGUUCUUUGUUGCCUAGUACCCUCACUAUUUGUAUCUUGUCAGCCUAUCCUAGAAAUUUUUCAACUUUGUCAAGCUACGUACUGCUAGCUAAAUCAUUGUACUAAUAUGUUAAUGAUGCUGCUGCACCAACCAAACGCUUUGCUUUGCUAUGCUUUCUGAAGUGUGUUGUAGGUAGAAAA